AUGGCAGGUCAGGCAGGGAGUCUAGAAGGAGUCCUCCGGGUGGGGGUGACGGACUUUGGCCCUGAGACCUGGAAAAACGACCCGAGCUUCCCGCGGGUCCGUGGUGCACCCGCGCCGCUCACACCGCAGGUGCUGCACCAGAGUUGCAAGUCUCAGCGACCCAGGGGGCCUCAGCGACCUGACUGGAGCCCGCGGCGAGGACUAGGCGGCGGGACCUGUGCUAGGCACCAGACGCUGGCCCACGUGCCCCCUAAGGGAGUGGGCAGCACGCCCUCACGUGGCCGCAGGCGCCGGGGUGGGAUGGGCAGGGAAGGAGGAGAUCCGACCCGACACAGCCCAGGGAGCAGCUUGGCGCUCUGGCCUCGCCUGGCGGGGAAGCUACGCGCUCGGUUUCCUGAAGGCUCCCGGCCACCGCGUUGGGAACCAGCAACCAGCAACGUGCGGACGCACCGGCCCGGGGCUGCGUGCGGGAUCCGAAUGCGAACUCAAGUCCUCGCCAAGGCCGCGGUUGAUCGUGGAAGGAGAAUCACUGGGUGGGCGAGCCUCGGAUCGGGGGCCCACAAGUCAACGCCUGCGCCGGUUCGCGCGUCCCUCNGGGGGUCGUGGCUGCUGCCGAGGCUGCUGCUCGUGCUGCUGCUGUUGUCGGGGCUGGCUCUGGGCUUGCUCCCUUUCGGCAGCAGUUCUCACGGGGUCUUCCACGACCUCCUGUCGGAGCAGCAGUUGCUUGAGGUGGAGGACUUGUCUCUGUCCCUGAUGCAGGGCGGAGGGCUUGGACCACUGUCGCUACCCCCGGACCUGCCAGAUCUGGAUCCCGAGUGCCGGGAGCUGCUGCUGGACUUCGCCAACAGCAGUGCGGAGCUGACCGGGUGUCUGGUGCGCAGCGCCCGGCCCGUGCGCCUCUGUCGGACCUGCUAUCCCCUCUUCCAACAGGUCGUCAACAAGAUGGACAACAUCAGCCGAGCCAUGGGGAAUACUUCAGAGAGUCAGAGUUGUGCCAGAAGUCUCUUAAUGGCAGAUAGAAUGCAAGUAGUUGUGAUUCUUUCUGAGUUUUUUAAUACCACAUGGCAGGAGGCAAAUUGUGCAAAUUGUUUAACGAACAACAGUGAAGAAUUAUCAAACAGUACAGUAUAUUUCCUCAAUCUAUUUAAUCAUACCUUGACCUGCUUUGAGCAUAACCUUCAGGGGAGUGCCCAAAGUCUUCUACAGACAAAAAAUUAUUCAGAUGUGUGCAGAAAUUGUCGGGAAAAAUACAAAACUCUGAGUAGUCUGUACAGUGAAAUGCAAAAAAUGAAUGAACUUGAGAAUAAGGCUGAACCUGGAACACAUUUAUGCAUUGAUGUGGAAGAUGCUAUGAACAUUACUCGAAAACUUUGGAGUCGAACUUUCAACUGUUCAGUCCCUUGCAGUGACACGGUGCCUGUAAUUGCUGUAUCUGUGUUCAUUCUCUUUCUACCUGUUGUCUUCUACCUUAGUAGCUUUCUUCAUUCGGAGCAAAAGAAACGCAAACUCAUUCUACAUAAGGCAGGCAGUAUGCCAGGCACUGGGGCUGCAGCAGUGACCCAGACGGAAGUGGACCUGACCUCACAGAGCCUUGGAUCUAAUGCCAAUGCCAAUGGUGUGCUCUCGUGCCCAGGGCAGGACUCAGGCAGGUCCUGGGUACAUGUGGCCAUUGAAUUCAAACAAAGGCUUUUGGAGGAGAUGGGUCUGUACUCGCCGCUGUCCUCUGUAAAUAUGUUUUAUAAGAAGGAAUAUUCCCACGGUGGGAAGAAGAGGGACGAGGAACCAGGAAAAUAG